AUGAAUAGAAGGGAAGGGGGGGGGGGGAAGAUGGAAUUCUCUUUCCUCGAAUCAAAACCAAGCCUGUUAGAUCAACGUUCAAGUAAAGGAAGUGGAAAACCAUCUAAAGGGCGACGAAAUGCUGGAGAAGCUAUUUGGCGUAGAAAAUUGGCUAAUCAAGCUUUUCUUGUAAGAAUUGGUGGCGGUGGGCCUGGCGGCGGCAAGGAAUUAAGUGGAAAUAAGAGUAACUCUGUCGGCGGCUGGGGAGGCCAUCGCCGUAGAGGACGUGUCCUUUCCGAGUUGAUGGCCGAACAAUUUGCACCAAGUGUGCCUUAUUCUUUGAAUCGAAAGAGCCGUUGGAUGAAAGACGGUGUUGAUUGGCUCUCUGAUUUGUCUGGAGGUUCUGAUGGACAAAAAUUACGUUUUUGUAUAGCAGAAACUAAUUAUUCGAUGACUGGGAAUGAAUCUGUAAAAGCUUUACAUAGUUUUGAUGCUGAAAGUGGGUAUUUACAAACAAAAAUGUCAAAAAGUAAAAGAGGAGCUCUUUUAGCUGAUUUAAAAAAAGUAGUAGAUGAAGAGGAAAAUUUAGAAGAGAAUGAAAUACCCAAAAAACAACAAAUUAAUUUUCAUUUAACUAAACCAAAUCUUCUUUCAAGAGUUUUUGCUGGGAAAAUAUUUACAAGAAGGAAAACUUUUCGUUCAUGUACAAAAUCUGUAAUGGAAGUAUCUACAAUUUCUUCCAUCUCUUCUAAUAAUCCUUCUAAAAAUACUAAAUUAAUUGUUCCUGAAAGUGAACCUGAAGAAGAAAAUGAAUUUAUUGCCCAAUAUCGUCCAAAAAGGGAAACUUAUUCUUUGGCUGAUUUUAUUAAAAAUAAUAAAAAUUCCUCAUCUUCUUCUCCUUUAAUUAUUCGUCGUGGCCAACAAUCUCGAAGAAAUAAAUGUCCUUCUUCUUCAAUUAAUUCUAAAAAUUCUGCCUUAAAUUGUUUUGAAGAUACGGAAGAUGGGCAAUAUACAAUUGUGCCUCAAAUGGAAUUUGUUGAAUUACCUGAUGAUGUUGAGUUACCUAAUGUUGAUAAUAAUAAUGAAAAUAAUCGACUUUUAUCUCAACCUCCACCACCUCCUUCUUCAUUAUCUACUAAUAUCAACAAUCAAAUAAUUAAUUUUCUUCGCCAACAAAUUAAUCAACAACAAACAAUUUCCAACAAUUAUUUACAUUAUUUUUCAAUUUCUACAAAUUUUUUACAAAAUUUUUCUGAAAAAACUUUUCCCCAAUUUCACCCCCAAUGGUUGGGUGAUAACCUUUUAUUAAUUAAUUUAACUUCUUUAUUGGAAAUUAAAACAAAAAUUUCUCCAAAUAAUAAUCAAUUAUUUGUUUUGAUUAUUAGCCCUUCCCAAAUAUUUAUUAAUUCUUUAAUUCCUUUGAAUAAAUGUAAAUUACAAAAUGUUUUUAUUAAAGAAAAUAAUACAACUUUUGAUCAAAUUGUCAAAAAUUUGUUAGAAAAUGUUAGGGCUGACUUUGCUGAAUGGGAAAUAGAGCAACAACGUUUUCAAUUACCCAAUUCUUUGGAGAAUUUACGUGCAGUUUUUCAUUCUCCCCGACUUGCCAUAACCCCUAAACCAAUUUCUGUUCUUUCAAUUUUGACAUUGCAAAGGGAAGAAUUUGGAAGGGAUGAAAGUCAAUUUGUUUGGACUGAAGAGUUGUUACCUAAAAUUGUAAAUAAAAUGAUUGAGGGAGAAGAGGAGGAGGAUGAAGAUGAAGAAGAGGAGGCUUUUGAAUUUAUAGAUAUAAAUGAAUUAUUAAAUAAUGAACAACAAAAAGAACAAAAACAAAUACUCAAUUCUUCUUUACCUCAACUUUGUUGUUGUUGCCAUAAUAAAAAUAAUCCUUCUUUGGCAAUGCUUCCUUCUUGUGGACAUAGAAUUUGUCGGGAAUGUUUAACUAAUAAUUUAAAACAACAAUUAAUUGGGGGAUCAGCAAAUCUUCAUUGCCCGCUUUGUGUAAAUUCUCCUCUUCCAUUGGACAUUCUUUUUUGGUUAUUUUCUCUACCAAUCGUCAAUGCUAUUUGUUUAUUAUAUCAAGCAGAAAUUAAUCAGAAUAAAAAUAAUUUUAUUCAAUUAUCUGAAUGUCCAAAUUGUAAAACAAUUUUGGAAAUAGAAGAAGAAAAUGAAAAUAAAUUUGGGCAUUUAAUUUGUACUAAAUGUUCUCUUUAUUGGUGUAAAAAUUGCGGGGAAGAGCCUCAUUGGCCUUUAAAUUGUUCUCAAUAUUUUGAUUGGAAUAAACGAUUAAGACCUACAGAGAAUGAUCAAUUAGUUCCAAACCAACCAAAAACCAAAGGACAACAAACAACUAAUUUACCCCAACAAAUUACUGGACAAUUUGCUGAUUUAUGUAUUGAGGCUAGAACACGAAGAAUGGAUAUACGGUUAAAUUGGCAACUUGGAAAGCACGUUCGCCGUCUUAUUUCUGGAGAUUCUCAAUCUGAACGUCGUUUUGGAAUAUUGCGAAAGACUGCUUUACAUAUUCUCGAGUAUGGAACUGCUUGGCUUUAUCUCUACAAACAACAACGUCCCCGCCCUGUUGGUUGGUCUCAAAUAAAAUCUUUACUUGGAGCAUUAAAUGAUCGAAUUGAAUGUUUGGAUAAUGAAUUACUCUUUUCGGGUUCUUUAACUGAUUCUGAACAAUUAAUUUUGAGAUUUGCUGAAUUGGAACAGUUAAAUGAAAAGUGUCUAGUCAAAUUUGGAAUUGUGCUUAAAGAAGGAGGGGGAGAGGAGGGAAAUAAAUAGGGGGAGAUUUGAAUUAGAAUAAUUUUGAGUAUAACUUUUAAUUAAAUAGGGAUUGGCUUUUGUAUAUACAUAUUUUAAAAUAUAUUUCUUUUUUUUAGAUUUUAGAUUGAAAUUUAAUUUUUAUAGAAAAAAAUCAGUCAAUUAAAAAAAGAAAUAUACAUACUAACAUAAACACAAUAUAUUCGAUCAAUUAUUCUGAUCAACACUUUAGUCGAAUUUUUGCUUUUAUUUUUUAAUUCCUUAUUUUAAUUCGAAUUUUAACUUUACUACUCAACAUAAUUUUGUACAUAAAAAUAUAUUUUUCAGUCAACUAUUAUUAACAACUACCUUAAUAAUAAUUUUUAAGAAAAAUCGAAUUAGCAUUUUCUUUAUUUUUGUAUU